AUGGCAUCCAAACAAGAAAUAAUGAAUGACCAGCGAUUUCGGCGGGUUACAAAGGACCCAAGAUUUUGGGAAAUGCCGGAAAAGGAUAAAAAAGUCAAAAUUGACAAAAGAUUUCAAGCCAUGUUUCAUGAUAAAAAGUUCAAGCUGAACUAUGCUGUGGAUAAAAGAGGGCGCCCUGUCAACCACAGUACUACAGAGGAUUUAAAACGGUACUAUGACCUUUCAGAUUCUGAUUCCAAUCUCUCCAAUGAAGAAAGCAAAACCUUGGAUCAAAAAAAGAAAAUGAAGAAAAAAACCCAGGUUAAAAUGGAAACCGAUUCAAAAAGUCUAGUCAAGGAGAGAAAGAAAGGCACCAAGAAAAUUAGUCAAAAUGAUUGUGAUGGUAAAGAUGAAUCACAUAAUUCUGAGAGAAUUCCAAAAGCCAAAAUAAGUCCCAAGAAGGAUAACCAAGAAUUUACACAAAAAGGUACAAAACAGGAAGAAGACAUUGAACAUGGUGUAACCUCCUUUCCUAAAGGAAAACCAAAGGUAGUUGAUGCAGAAGUCACUGAAAGAGUGAAAUCAACCAAGGUCAGAUCUUCUGAGACAAGAAGAAAAGUACAGCCAGUGGUUCCACUCAUAAUGACGGGAAAUGAUUAUGAAAACACAGCAGAAAGCAAAGUAUUUGUUGAAGAUUCUCCAGAGGAGAAUUCAGAACGUGCUAGUGAAACAGGUGAUGAGGCAUCUGAAGAUGACGUUAUAGGAGUUGGUAGAGCUUCGAGUGAAGAAGAUGAUGAUGAAAGUGAAGAUGAGGAUGAUGAAGAUGAAAGCGACAGUGGCCCUGAUCUUGCUAGAGGUAAAGGAAAUAUAGAAACUAGUUCUGAAGAUGAGGAUGAUGAAGAUUUACUUCCAGAGGAACCCGGUUUUGAGCAUGCAUGGAGAGAAUUAGAUAAAGAUGCUCCUCGAGCUGAUGAGAUUACACGUCGAUUAGCAGUUUGCAACAUGGACUGGGAUAGAUUAAAGGCAAAAGAUUUGCUGGCUCUGUUCAAUUCAUUUAAACCUAAAGGANNNNAUAUUCUUUGUGUUUAGAUAUAUCCUUCAGAAUUUGGCAAGGAGAGGAUGAAGGAAGAGCAAGUUCAAGGACCAGUGGAGUUAUUAAGUAUUCCUGAAGAUGCCCCUGAAAAGGACUGGACAUCUAGAGAAAAAUUAAGAGAUUAUCAGUUCAAACGACUGAAGUACUAUUAUGCUGUAGUAGACUGUGAUUCUCCUGAAACCGCCAGUAAAAUAUAUGACGAUUGUGACGGCCUGGAAUUUGAAAGCAGUUGCUCUUUCAUUGACCUAAGGUUUAUACCAGAUGAUACUACUUUUGAUGAUGAGCCCAAGGAUGAGGCCUCAGAAGUGGAUUUAACAGCAUAUAAACCAAAGUAUUUCACAUCUGCUGCAAUGGGAACAUCAACGGUAGAGAUCACUUGGGAUGAAACUGAUCAUGAAAGAAUUACAACGUUUAACAGGAAGUUUAAAAAGGAAGAACUUUUGGACAUGGAUUUUCAGGCCUACUUAGCUUCGUCUAGUGAGGAGGAAGAAGAAUUAGAGGAGGAACCGCAAGGUAAUGAUAGAGUCAAUGUAGAAGAAGAUGGGAAAACAAAGAAAAAUCAGAAAGAUGAUGAAGAACAAAUCGCCAAAUACAGGCAGCUCUUGCAACUUGUUCAAGAAAAAGAAAAGAAAGGCAAAGAAAAUGAGAUGGAAAUGGAAAUUAAGUGGGUCCCAGGUCUUAAAGAAAGUGCAGAAGAGAUGGUCAAAAAUAAACUGGAAGGAAAGGAUAAACUAACUCCUUGGGAACAAUUUUUAGAGAAGAAGAAGGAGAAAAAAAGGCUGAAAAAGAAACAAAAGGCUCUUGCUAAAGAUAACAGUGAAGAUGAACUGCCCUCUGAUGUGGAUUUGAAUGACCCAUACUUUGCUGAAGAAGUUAGAAAAAUGAAUGGAAAGGAGAAAUCAGGAGCCUCUACAAAAGAGUCCACAUCGCCAGAGGAAGAAACUGAGAUAGAAAGGCAAAAAGCUGAAAUGGCUUUGCUCAUGAUGGAUGAGGAGGAGGAGGACAGCAAGAAACAUUUCAAUUACAACAAGAUUGUGGAACACCAGAAUCUGAGCAAAAAGAAGAAAAAGCAGCUCAUAAAAAGAAAGGAAUUAUUAGAGGAUGACUUUGAGGUAAAUGUUAAGGAUGCGCGGUUCCAGGCAAUGUAUACGUCCCACUUAUUUAAUUUGGAUCCCUCAGAUCCUAAUUUCAAGAAAACAAAAGCUAUGGAAAAAAUCCUUGAGGAGAAAGCCCGGCGAAGAGAACAGAAAGAACAAGAAUUUACUCAGGCAAUAAAGAAAAAAGAAAGAGAGAUGGAAGAAGAAUCACAGAAGAAAUCUAUUGAUCCUUCAUUGUCAAUGUUGAUUAAGUCCAUAAAAACCAAGACAGAACAGUUUCAAGCAAGAAAAAAACAAAAAGUCAAAUAA